AGUCCAACUGAAGACUUACUGUGCUGUAAGAGCACUUGAGUUUUCUUUUAGAGAAACAGAUGAAUUCCAUGAAUUAGACACUACACUAUCAAUGGAAGGCCUCAAAAUACCUUUCUUGUUUUCCUCUUUGUUUUCCAUGUUAAUAAACUCCAACGCAGUAGACACCAUAACCAAAACUCAAUCCAUAACAGGCAACAAUACCAUAAUUUCAUCUGGUGGAAGCUUUGAGAUGGGGUUUUUCAGCCCUGGCAAUUCCCAGAAUACAUACUUGGGAAUAUGGUACAAGAAAAUUUUUGUGAGGACGGUCGUAUGGGUUGCCAACAGAGAAACUCCACUUGUCAAUUCGUCAGGCAUCUUAACAGUAAUCGACCCUGGAAUUCUUGCCCUUGUCAAUGCAACCGGAAGUGUCAUUUGGUCUGUCAAUGUGACGGGAUCCACACAGAACCCUAUUGCACAACUUAUGGACUCUGGAAAUCUAGUUGUGAAAGAUGCCAAUGAUAAGUCUGAGCAUUUUCUGUGGCAAAGUUUUGAUUAUCCGUGUGAUACUCAUUUACCGGGCAUGAAGCUUGGAAAGAACUUUGAAACAGGCCUAGAGCGCCACCUAUCCUCCUGGAAGAGCAGCGAUGAUCCAGCUCGAGGUGAGUUUACAUACAGGUGUGAUCCUCAAGGAUACCCACAAAAUAUUCUGAACAAUGGUUCUGUUGAGGUGUUCCGAACUGGGCCAUGGAAUGGUCUCGGAUUCAGUGGGAGACCAAAUCUUAAACCUAAUCCAAUCUACACAUAUGGAUUGGUCUACACUAAGGCGGAGGUGUAUUAUCAUUAUGAACUGAUCAGCCCAGUUGUUUCAAGGUAUGAUGUGAGUUAUGAUGGCUUUGUGAAGCGCUGGAUAUGGGUUGAUCCAACCCAGAAAUGGGAAAUUUACCAUAGUUCACCAAUAGAUAACUGUGAUACGUAUGCACUGUGUGGUCCGAAUGGUAAAUGUAACAUUGCAAACUCACCGGCAUGUGGUUGUUUGAGUAAAUUUGUGCCCCGGAACCAAACGGAAUGGGGAAAUGGAGAUUAUUCUAAUGGGUGUGUUCGGAGGACACCAUUGGAUUGCCAUAACGGAGAUUGGUUUCUCAAAUAUUUGCGAUAUAAAAUGCCAGACACACGGAACUCCUGGUUUGACAGGAGCAUGACCCUGAUGGAAUGUGAGACGGUGUGCUUGAAAAAUUGCUCUUGUACGGCUUAUGCAAAUUUAGAUAUAACAGGAGGUGGAAGUGGUUGCUUGCUUUGGUUUGGGGAGUUGAUUGAUAUGAAAGAGUACAGUGAAAAUGGGCAAGAUAUUUACAUAAGGAUGGCUUCCUCUGAGUCGGAACCAGUUGGCUCCAAUGGGAAGAGACGAGAGAGUAUCAUAGUCGGCUUGACAUUAACAAUUGGAAUGCUGCUUAUAUGCCUAAGCCUGACAUUGUAUGUGUGGAGAAAGAAGAACAGGGAGCAAAAGAGAAAAGGACUAUUGAGACAGAGAUAUAACGAUGACACCAAUGAAAGCCAGAAAGAAGAUUUGCAGUUACCAUUGUUUGACUUAGCUGCAAUUAUAAAUGCAACUGACAACUUCUCAGAAAAUAAUAAGCUCGGAGAGGGUGGAUUUGGCUCCGUUUACAAGGGUUUUCUUGAAGAGGGACAAGAAAUAGCUGUGAAGAGACUUUCGAGGAAUUCUAGACAAGGACUAGAUGAGUUCAAGAAUGAGGUUAUUUGUAUUGCCAAGCUCCAACAUCGGAAUCUUGUGAAGCUUUUGGGAUGCUGCAUUCAAGGAGACGAGACGAUGCUGAUCUAUGAGUACAUGCCUAACAAAAGCUUGGACUUCUUUAUUUUUGAUCGAACCCGUGGCACAUUACUAGAUUGGACUAAGCGCUUUAACAUUAUCAACGGCAUUUCUCGAGGGCUUCUUUAUCUUCAUCAAGAUUCCAGACUCAGAAUAAUCCAUAGAGAUCUCAAAGCUAGCAAUGUUCUGCUAGAUGUUGACAUGAACCCAAAGAUAUCGGACUUUGGUAUGGCUAGAAGUUUUGGAGGAAAUGAGACAGGAGCGAAUACAAGCAAAGUGGUUGGAACAUAUGGUUAUAUGUCUCCAGAGUACGCAGUUGAUGGGAUUUUCUCAGUAAAGUCAGAUGUCUUUAGUUUUGGCGUUUUGGUGCUAGAGAUUAUUAGUGGGAAGAGAAACAGAGGUUUCAUUCAUUCAGCCCACCGUCUCAAUCUUGUCGGGCAUGCAUGGACACUCUACAAAGAAGGCAGGUCACUAGAACUGAUGGAUGGAUCUUUAAGGGACUCAUGUUAUCUAUCUGAAAUGCUGAGAUCAAUCCACGUGGCACUAUUAUGUGUACAACAAUGUCCAGAAGACAGGCCAAGUAUGUCAAGUGUGGUUCUGAUGUUGAGCAGUGAAGGUGCAUUGCCUCAGCCUAAACAACCUGGUUUUUACACUGAGAGGAAUCCACUUGAAGCUGAUUCUUCUUCAAGCAAAGAUGCACCAAGUUCAACUUCAGUCAAUGAAAUCACCAUUACACUCUUAAAUGCUCGAUAAGGAAUGAAACAGUUAAGGUACAUAGAAAUUAUUUACAUAAUGAGACACAAUCCUUGUUAUAUAAAGUGGGUCUCACUUGGACAGAGUUAUGUUUGAUUUUAUAAUUAAUUUCUGUACAAAUAGAAGAACUGAGAGAAAAUAUAUGAAGUUGGUGUUUUGUGUCUUCCUAAA